AUGGCUUCGCGUAUGCAACUAUUGCAGCUGCCGGGCGCAGAUUUCGUCGCGGGUGUUUGUUGUAGCGAUGGGUCGACAACGUCGUUGGCUGGAAGCCGUUACAGAAUUGGCGCCUUCUUCAGCCGAUGGUCCCGCCACUCGUCGGUGCAUCGGGUCAGUAGCGGGGACCUGUCGUGGACCGUGCCGCCGCCGCUUGAGGAUGACUUCGGCAUGAGCUUGGCGGAUCGGGAUGCUCGGCUGCUGUACCAGCAGCAGCUGGAGGCGGGCUUACUGGCGCCGGAUGCGCAGCCGAAGGCCAACUGCCUUUGGGAAGUGCACAGGCAGCUGCUCUGCCAGGCCGCCGACGCGCAUCUUCGCGCCGUUGUGCAGCAGUUACUAAUGGCGGAGUCGGUGCCACAGCCUGAGGUGUGGGCGCCCAUAGUGAGCACCGCUGCACAGGCCGUGGCUGCGUACUUGUCGCCCUCACAGAUGUUUGCCAACAACCAGCACGACCCACGGCAGUCACUCAAGAUUAAGAAGGUGGCGGAUGUGGGGCGCCCGGAGGACACGUGUGUCGUGACGGGGGUGGUGGUAUGCAAGGGGCUGGUGCACCGCAAGAUGCGCACCUACGUGGAGUACCCCAAGGUGCUGCUGCUGAUGGGCUCCUUGGAUUACCAGCGCGAUCCCAGCAAACUGUCCAGCUUUGACCAUAUGGAUCACGACAAGCAGUAUCUUGCCAACGCGGUAGCCCGGCUAUCGGUAAUGAAGCCCGAUGUGUUGCUGGUGGAGGGCAGCGUGGCCCGUAUGGCGCAGGAGGACCUGCUGUCACGCAACAUCAGCGUAGCCCAGAAUAUCAAGGCAAGGGUGUUGGAGCGCUUGGCGCGAGCCAUGGGCAUAAGUGUCGCUCCCACGGUGGAGCACCUCAACCCCGGCACCGUGCAAAAGUACCUGGGUGACUGCAAGGUAUUCCGGGUGAAGGCUGAGACCAUCAACGUCAAAGCCAGAGCCUCAGAGCCGGCGGACGUCGUGGUGGCGGCAGCAGUAGAACCCACUCGCGCGCGCCCUCGAGCGGGCACCCCUACGGCUCGGGUACCGUCACGCCGGCACCCGGAAGCAGAACGCAUUCACGGGCGCCUUCGACGGGGCCGGCAUACGGCUCCGACCCCGUCGCACCUUCACCUUGCAGCGAAACCCAUCCCCGGGCGCCCUCCUGCGGCAUCAUUGGAGACGCCGGUACCUCAGGCCUCCGCAGACCAGCAAGUCUUAACCACUGCUGGCGAGCACGUGCAGGGAGCCGCAGCAGCAGGCAGUGAAGGUACAGCGUCGGAGCCGGCGCUGCAGCCCGCGGCUGACGACCAGCAAGCCAAAUAUACGUCCCUGUCAGCAGCUAUGAUGAUGAAGGCGCUGGGCUCUGGGCCCAAUGCGGCGGCAGCGGUGGCGCUGGUGUCAGCGGGCAGUGGGGCUUUGCCCAGCGUGAUGGCCUUCCGGCCGUGGGCCUCGUCGGUGUCGUCUGCAGUGCCCACCACGCCAGCGCCAGCACUGGGAGCCUCGGCAGCGUCAGCAGGAGGACAGGGAGGGCCGAGCAUCUUGGGGACGGAUGCACGCAACACACAAACGGCAGCGCCAUCGGCGCAGCCGGCGCCGCACCGCGGUGUUGGGCGAAUGGUGACCCUCAUGUACUUUGAGGGCUGCCGCCCCAUCAACUCCACGGUGCUGCUUAAGGGCGCCGGUCUGGAGGUGCUGCGGAAGCUGAAGUCGGUGGUGAGCUUCGCUGUGCUCACAGCCUGGAAUCAACGCCUGGAAUCGGCCUUCCUCGCGGACCUCCUCACGGCCGCGGUGGCGUCGGCUGGAGAGGAAGCGUACUCGGCCUGGGCGACCGCAACUAACACCAGCAUCCACGCCAGCGUCAGCACCAAUGCCGCCGCCAGCAGCCUGCCGUCUGGCGUCUCCUCCCUCGGCCCGGUCGGCCCGGGAGCUGCACAGAUGUUGUCCAUGCCGUCGAUGUCUUCCGCGUCGUUCUCCUAUCCCUCGCUCUCUCUUGCCUUCUUCCGACAACAUGCCGAGCAGGCUAUCCACACGUCUUUGGUUUCGGCCUCCGCCUCAGGCAUCCCCGGCAUCCUGCUGUCCAUCAGCCCGCAUUGCAAUGCAUGGGACGAGAGCCUUAUUGCUGAGUGGGAGCAGCAGGGCUUCACUUUUCCUCACCUGCAGCACAACCACCAUCACCACCAUCAUCACCAUAACUACACACAUGGCCACGGACAUGGGCAUGGCCGCCAGUCGCAGCGUUCGUUGAAGACAGGUCCGCAGACGCAGGCGCAGCCUCAGCAGGAGCAGGAGCAGCAAUUACAACCGCAGCAGCAGCAAGCGGUGGAUGAACUCAAUGAGUCCCCAGGACAGGCGGGCGAUGCGGGGACAUCCACUGCAGCCGCGGCGGCGGCCAAGGGGGCGCUCGCUGUUGCCACCGACGCCGACGCCGACGCCGCGGGCGGGGUUCUUCAGGGGGAACCCACUCUGGCGAUAGCGUGCGGUGGCGAUUCCAAGGAGCGCGCAGUACAGCAGCCGGUGCCGGCGGAGGGCGAUGGCAGCGGGGCUGGGCAGCGACAACAACUACAACAGCAAGCCACAGCACGGGACAGAGACCCCGGGGGUCUUAUGGUCCAGCCAGAUUUUGUGCCCGGGCCCUCCGCAACCACCUUGAUGUCGCCGUUCAUUGCUGCAGCGGCGGCUGCCGCAGCCAGCAUUACUGCUGCGGCCGAGCCGAUUUUAGCCCCGCAGGAGGAGUGCAUGAGUGCAGGGGGGCCUCCAGAGGUGCCUGCCGCGCUGGGCGCAGCCGGACAACCGGGCGGCUUAGCUACCGAAACCCUGGAACCCUUAGAUGUCGGGGCAGCAUCGGCUGCUGUUGCCGUAGCGGAGGUGCCGGAGAUGCCGCAAAGCGACAUCGUCGUGACGGAAGUUGCCGGGCAGGCAGCAAGGACUCAGUCAGCCGCUGCAGACGCCUGGGACGGCGAUGUUGGUACGCAGCCGCAGUCAGGAGAGCGGGAGCAGCAGCAACAGCUGUCAAGGCCAUCGCCGCCGCAGGAGCAGCAAUCGCAACAGCAGGAUGCUGUUAUGGUGCUUCAAGGGCAGCGCAUCUAUAGCCACCAGCGGAUCUUCGUGACCUGCAUGUUCAGGCGGAGCCGUGAUCGCAAUCUGUGCGACCCCUUCCAGGUGAAGCAGAUUGACUACUACCACCGCUCAUCGGAUGUGCCGCUCAUCCGCUACAUCAAGAUGUGCACGCAGCUGGGCUGGACGUGUCCGGGGCUUGGUUGUCCAGAGCCGUUCACAGCGCACGAGAGCGUCUUCUUCUUCGGCUGCCACAAGCUGACAGUCUUCUAUUCAACUUUGCCGCCCAUCCAGGCAUUGCCAGGGGAGGAAAGAAACCAGAUCUGGCAUUGGACACGACCUAUUGGCCGAGGCCGUGAGGGCGCUGCCUCAUGCCGUCGUGUGCCGCUGUCCCAAGACGCCUGCUACAUCAGCAUGGGCCGCUUCCUGGAGCUGUCGUUCUCUGCUGAUGGCCUGGACGUGUUCGGCCGCUCGCUCCACUACGACCACGUUCGGUACUUCGGCCUAGGCCGCACCCUGGUGUGCAUGUUCCCCGAGCGCACCAGCGUGUACGUCAUGCAACUACCGGACGUCGUGAUGUCGUACAGCCAACAAGCGCAAUUCAAGUGGCUGCGGCAAGAGGGCGCGGAGCUGGUGCAGGAGGCCAGCGACGCCUUAGACCUCAUUGAGUUGAUGCUGGCAGAGAGCCCCCAUUUUAGCGGCGGCGGCGGCGUGGCCGCCACCGCCAGCGGUGCAGCCGCCGUUGCGGCCACCGCAGCCGCCGGCUCCAGCAACACAGAGUCAUCGCUGCAACAAGCAUCAACGGCAGGCGGUGAUGCGGCUUCUGGCGAUGCAACCGCUGCCUCCACUGCCACCGCAGGCGUUACGCCCGGCAGCUCGCCAGGCGCCGCGCCAUCUGCAGCAGCCGGCCUCGCCGCCGCUGCGGCGUCUUCGGUCCUGGCGCCGCUGUUGGUGGCAGUGCGCAAGGACCGGCAGUCCUUCAUAUCUCUUGUGGCGGACUGCCUGGCCCGGUGCGCGCCCUCUGCCCCGCCCCACUCCGGGGGCCCCUCCUCCUCUUCGGUGCCCUGGGACGAGCUGGUCAUCUCCGGAGUGCGUGAGCUCAACCGGUUGCGCUGCGUGCUGGCUAAGGCGGUGCUGCAGUGGGCGUCACGCCUGCAGGACCCCGCGGGCUUCAUGGCGCACUACAACCGGGUGACUUCGGGGGGGGGAGCCGGCAACAGCGGUGGUGGUGGUGGUGGUGGUGCAGGGCGUCAACCCACACAUCCGCAGCUGCUGGAGCAACCCGGCGUCCAGAUGAGCGAAGGUUCCAUGUCGCUGUUCGGCUCGACCAGCCCCGCGGUGGCAGCCUACAGGCUGGGAUUGAUGCCGGGCCAGUUCGUCACGACAACGGCGCCGCCCUCGGAAACAGCCAGCUUUACAUCGGGAACACCUCCGGACCUAGCCUUGGAGCCGCCGCAUCCGCAGCUGCCGCAGGCUGCAGACAACACGGCUGCACACGCGCUUCCUAUCCCUAUUGUGCCGCACAUGAACGGGCCGUUGUCGGUGCACGCCGUGGCGGAGAUGGUGGCGCAGCAGGAGCUGAGGGGCGGCGGGGAGCUGCUAGAGGGAAGUCGGGCGCUGCUAGGGGCCGUGGGAGGGCCUGCUGUCGCCGUCAUGACGACAGCAGCGGCGGCGCAGCAAGGCACCACAGACCGUCCGGGCCACUCUCGCGGGGAUUCCCGCUCCGAGCUUCUUCCCGGCUCUGCCGCCACAGCCGGCGCGUCUUCAUCACUUUGCAAUGCAACGGAGGGCGCCGCAGCAAGCAUGUCGCCAGGGCUUCCCUCCCAAAGCGAUGGUGGCGCCGCUGCCAGCGCUUCGGGCCGCGCUGCGUCACAGGCCGCUGGGCCUGGGCUGUUUGCAACCGGCUCCAGUUCCAAGCGGUUGUCGUUGCUUGGCCGGCUCUCCACGAGCGGCGGCGGCAUCCCUGGCCUGGAUGCGGCCGGGGGGGGUGCUGCGAUGGGCGGGGCCACCCACACACCGGGUCCAGGCGGCUUGGUCGUGGGCGCGCUGGCUGGCCCCCGGGGCUCCAGUCUCCCGCGCUCUGCAUCCGUUAGCACCAUCGGGGAUAUGGGCGACUUGUCCUAUCUGGCUGGCAUUAGCGGCGACAGCGGCGUUGAGGACAAUGACGAUGGCGAGGAGGGCCGUGAGGAUGCCGACGACGAGGACCCCGAUCACGACACUUUCUUGGCUUUCAUGGGCUCCGCACCGAGCGGGGCCGCCGCCUUCCAGGCGGGCACAGGCGGCCGUGGGUCUGGUGGGGUCGCAGCCGGCGGCCGCUUGGCGACCGGGGCCGGCCGCGGCGGCGUGAGUGGGGACAGCGGCGACGACGUGGCGGACGAGGUGGCCGAUGGCGCGUACUAUUACCGUGCGCUUUUCAGCCAUGGCGUCGGUGGGGAGGGGGCUGCCGACAGUGGGGCUACCCCUCAGCCGCUGCUUCAGGCCCCACAGCCGCUGCUGCCGGCGGAGCCGCUGCAGCUGCGGAAGGUGCAGCAUCACCCGCUGGUGCCCCACGACGAAGAAGAGCAGGGACAGGGACAGCACCGACUGCGCGUCAAUGUGCCAAACGGGCAGUCCUCUGCUCCGGUUCCGAACUCCUCGCCGCCGCCUUCAGCCGCGGUAUUGCCACCCGUGGGCGUCGCAGCCUCGGGCGCCGUUGCGCAGUCCCAAGGCGGACUUGCAGGCGCGCAUGUGCCAGUGCACCACCCCACUGCACCUUUUCCCAUCACGGCUGCUGGUGCCAUGCCGCUCGUCCCUGCGACGGAGUCCUUCGGCGGCGCAGCCAGCGGCGGUCCUGACGCUGCAGGCGGCGCCGCCGCCGUCACUACAUUUUCUCGCCGGCAGCUCAUGGUGCAGGUGAAGCGGCGGUUGGAGUCAGUGGCAGCGGCCACCAUUGGCGGUAAUACCUUGGCGCGCGGGUUCAUCCCUCUGCCGGGGCGCGCGACGCUUCCGCCUGGAGUCAACGACACCAGCAUCCCUAUCUUCGACAGCGAACCCACGUCCAUCAUUGCCUACGCCUUGUCUACGCGCGCCUAUCAGCAGCAGAUCAACGCAGGCUACAAGGCCAUCUUUGGCAAGGCGCGCGCGGAAAGCCACCGCGAACGCGAGCGCGACCGAGAGCCAGUUGGCACGGCACUGGGGCCGAUGCCGGGAACAUCCGAACAGUCGCAACCUCCGUUGCAUAACGUGGCGGCGGUCGGGACCCCGAGCGGGUCGCAGGGCGCAACACCCACAGGUUCCACCGGCGUGGCCGCAGGUGCUAGUGCUGGCGGACCGACGCAGGGCACGGGUACAGCCGCAAGUGGCAGCUCAGGCCAGGGCGCAACCGCAGGGCCAGGGCCGGGCAGCACCUGCGUGGCCGCCAGUGCAACGGCAGCUGGCCCCACAACCCAGGUUACUAGCACAGCAGCAUGGCCCCCCCAGCCGCAGCCACCAGCAGCAGCCGUGCCGCCGCCACCGUUACCUGCCGGGCAGCUGGGUGCCAGCCCCGACGCGGAGUGGUGGACGGUGCUGACCUCCAAGGAGGCAUGUCACGUGCGGGUCGCGUUUGAGGACGAGGCGCGCAGCAUGCCCUGGGCACGUGCGCGCUUCACGGUCACGGCGCACUUUGCACCGCAAUUUGCGGAGCUGCGUCGGCGGUGCAUACAGGGCGGCGAGGCGGCAUUCGUGGCCAGUAUGUGCCGCUGCAAGCGCUGGGAGAGCCGCGGCGGCAAGUCCAACGCCUACUUUGCCAAGACCCGAGAUGAGCGCUACAUCAUCAAGAGCCUGUCCAAGUCCGAGAAGGCCUCCUUCAUGAACUUCGCCCCGCACUACUUUGCGCACAUGGGCCGUCACCUGCUCAACCGGGACUCGCCCACCUGCCUGGCCAAGAUCCUAGGGGUCUACUCGGUGACAUUCAAGCCGCAGCCCGGCACCGCGGCGCUGGAGGGGGCGAUUGGGGGCGGCGCGGCAGGGAUGGCUGCCGGUGCGGCCCUCAUUAAGGAGCUCAGGGACCGGGAGUUUUCUCAGGACCUGCUGGUGAUGGAGAACUGCUUUUACGACCGCCCAGUGGCUCGCAUUUACGACCUUAAGGGCUCGGAGCGCAACCGCUUUAAUGCGGACGCCGCCAGCCGCCCCGAGGACCACCUGGAGGUCCACCUAGACGACAACUUGCGCCGUACCAUGCACACCAAUCCAAUCUUUGUGGAUGCGCGUAGCCGGCAUCAGAUGGAGGCGGCGGUGUGGGCGGACACGGGCUUCCUGGCUGGGCAGGACGUCAUGGACUACAGCCUGCUGGUGGGGGUGGAUAAAGAGAACGGCGUGCUGGCGCUGGCCAUCAUCGAUUUCAUCCGCCAGUACACUUGGGACAAGCAGCUGGAGACGUGGGUGAAGAGCAGCGGCAUGCUGGGCGGAAACGGCAAGGAGCCCACCAUCAUCUCCCCGAAGCAGUACAUGCGCCGCUUCCGGGCCGCCAUGCAACAGUACUUCACCGCCGUGCCAGGUUCCGGGGGGUCUGAGGUGCCCAAGGACCCGGACGCGGUUGCAUAA